GCGCUGUUCGCGAGCGGAAUUCCAGCUGCCGCGGAAAUAUAUAGAACCCUACAAAAAGCGGGCAAAUAAAUAUAAUAUAUAAAAAAAAUCGGAAACCAAACACAAAUUAGCGCUAUGUAAGAGUCCGAAAACGAACCGAAAAUUGGACAAGUGUCGCCGUCGGUCGAAUAGAAUAAAAUAAAUUAUUCGGGGCAUCACAGAUGCCGAUGUCGCGAUGACGGAGCCAAUUAGUGCGGCGGUGCAGCGCAGGAGGCAGCUGCUCCACAGCGUCGAAAGUUUGCGCGGUCGUGUCCGCCAAGUGCUAAAAUGUGUUAUUAAUCUGCAUAUUGAGUUUUUGGUGCUCGAAUCCGAUGUGGCCGCUCUGCUGGAUGAGGUGCGGGAAUUCAACGACGACCACGAGGAGAUGCGGCGUCUGGACAGGAUGAUCGAGGCUCUGAGGGACUACAGUGGACCCACGAUAUGCCACGAGUGGCCCUAUCCCCUCAUCUUCAAAGGCACAAUCGACGAGGCGCACGUCGCACAAAUACUCAAUGCCAGUGAGUUGGACAAGGAUCUGGAGGAGGGGCUGGUGAAGGUGUCCAACGGUAGGAACUGCCUCCAGCUGGAAACCGAUUUGGUCACAACUCAAAGGCGCUCCAAAAUCCUGUGGUUCUCCAGGAGGAGCAGCAGAAAACGAGCUGAGCGUUCAAAGGAACUUCAUCCGAUUGUAUAAACGACUUCCUGAGAAUAUAACUAGUCCGAAAUAAAUGUGAACAAAACAAUAUACUGUAAUCUGCCAAUCAACGUGUGUAUAAAGCCAAAGUAUAUAAAAAAAACUAUAGGUUAUAGUCCUCUUUUAAUUGAAAGACCUAAAACAACUUAAAAAUCAAAACCAACAUUUUUAUACGCCUUAUAAUUUACUAUGGAAUUAUUUUACCUUGAAAUUUGUGUAAGGAAAGUAAGAAAAUUUUAAAAUCCGAUCUAUACUUAUAAAUAUUUUCAUGACACAUUUAAAAAAGAGAAUACAUUAAAGCUAAGAAAAACCAACAUGUAUAGGAAAGACUGCGUUAAUAUGUGCAUUAACCUUGUAUUAAUUAGUUAAUCAUUAUUGAUUAAACAAUAGUAGUUUCUUUUUAAUAUUUCACAAUUAAUUGUAUACAAGAUUUAAACAAUUCCUUAAUGAAAACUAACAAAUUAUAAAAUCCGUCUUGCCUUAAAAAAUAUUUUACCACAUUGUCUAUUUAAAAAAACGAUAUAUA